CGAUGAGAUAAGGCCAGAGGAAUUGGCAUGUGACUGGGCUUUGUGAGUAGGGGGGCUUCUGCAGUUCAGGGGCUCUCUAGUGUGGGAUCCGGUAUCAGUCGCUACGGACACGGACCUGAACUACACAUCAAAAACAAAUUCUGCGCAAAGAUCGGCAAUCAGACUGCUGUGCGCUUGACCGCAGGUGUGAUCUGGGAUUACUGUGGGAGAAACUGCCUGCCUCACCUUCCCAUUCUUAUGAAGACUGAUUUUGAACGCGGCGUAACAACAUACGUUUUUUUUUUUUUUUUGAAUAGCCCAACUGAUUGACUGUAACUACAGAAAUUGCAGAGCUUUAACAAUAGAGGAGCCGGUGGGGAAAAAAAAACACAGGUUUGUUUGGGGAUCUUAACAAAAGUUUGAAAAGGGCAGUAUCUCCACGCCGUUUCCCUUUUUUUGUACCCGGAGUGGGAGGCGACCGCAGUAACAGCGGGGGAGCAGCGCCUUCUAACGCAGCCGUCUAGGUCUUCCCUACCGAAGAAGCUCAUCUUCUCCGCAGGAACAUGUCGUGCGGGGCUGAGCAGAGGCUGGACAGCCGGCUGGAGCGGCUGGCGCUGAUGAUCGGUGACCCGAAGUCCGCCGUGAACCUGGAGAGCUUACUGGAUUCCAUGAAUGCCUUGGUGUUAGACUUGGACUAUCCUGUUCUACGUAAGAACAAAAAUGUGGAUGCAUUUUUGAAUAGGUAUGAGAAAGUCAUAGAGCACAUUCGGGGACUGCAGAUGAAACUGGAGGACUUUGAAAGGGUGAAAGUUAUUGGAAGGGGAGCCUUUGGAGAAGUUCAGCUGGUUCGCCACAAAGUCUCUCGGAGGGUCUACGCCAUGAAGCGACUGAGUAAAUUUGAGAUGAUCAAGCGUUCAGACUCUGCCUUCUUCUGGGAGGAGCGUGAAAUCAUGGCUUUUUCCAACAGUCCCUGGGUCGUUCAGCUGUGCUGUGCAUUCCAAGAUGACCGCCACCUCUACAUGGUGAUGGAAUACAUGCCGGGCGGAGACCUGGUGACACUCAUCAGCAGCUAUGACAUCCCUGAGACGUGGGCCCAGUUCUACACGGCUGAGGUGGUUCUAGCUCUGGAUGCCAUCCAUUCCCUGGGCUUCAUUCAUCGCGACAUCAAGCCCGACAACAUGCUCCUGGACCGGACUGGCCACCUCAAACUGGCCGACUUUGGCACCUGUCUGAAAAUGGACAACGCUGGCAUGGUGCGCUGUGGUACUGCGGUUGGCACCCCUGACUACAUUUCCCCUGAAGUGCUCAUGUCUCAGGAGAAAGAUGGAUGUUACGGCCGCGAGUGUGACUGGUGGUCGGUAGGCGUGUUCCUCUUCGAGAUGCUGGUUGGUGAAACGCCCUUUUACGCAGAAUCUCUGGUUGGGACGUAUGGAAAAAUCAUGAAUCACAAAAACUGUCUUGUCUUCCCUGACGACAUGGAGAUUUCGAAGGAGGCUAAAAGUCUUAUAUGUGCUUUCCUGACAGACAGGGAGGUGCGUCUGGGCCGAAACGGCAUCCAAGAGAUUAAUCGGCAUCCCUUCUUUACGAACGACCAGUGGACGUUUGAUACCAUCAGAGAGACUGUAGCUCCCGUGGUUCCCGAACUGAACAGUGACAUAGACACCAGGAACUUCGAUGACAUCGAGGACGAGAAGUGUCACCUGGAAACAUUUCCCAUACCGAAGGCCUUUGUGGGGAACCAACUGCCAUUUGUGGGCUUCACUUACUUCAAGGAGGACCAGCUGCCAAAGAAUCCUACCACUGUGGACAACAUACAUCCAGUGUCAUCCAAACAAGAGUCCAAUGAUCUACAGAGGAAGCUGGAGAACUUGGAAGAAAAGCUUAACAAUGCGAUGCAAGCUAAAGAACACCUGGAAGAAAAAUAUAAGAAUUCAGUUGAUUGCCUUGAAAAGCUCUCCAAAGAAAUGGAUGAAGAGAUGAACAGCAGGAGGAAUAUGGAAGCUGCUCUCCAUCAGUUAGAGAGAGAUAAGGCCUUGCUGCAGCACCAGACCGUGGAGAUCCAGAGGAAGGUUGACCACGAGGCGGACAGGAAGCAGAUUCUGGAAAAAGAAUUGAGGACCCUGCGAGACCAACUGGAGGACAUGAAAAGGAAGAACCAGGAUGUUCAGGUCUCUGAAGAGAAGGUGAUUCAGCUACAGAAGCAGCUGGACAUGGCUAACACAGCACUGAGGACAGCUGCAGAUGAAUCUUCACGCCUGAAGAAGAGUCAGGCAGACACAGCCAAGCAGGCCCAGCAGAUGGAAACAACGCUGAAGGAGAUGCAGAACAAAAUCAGCGUGCUGGAAACUACCAAGCUUGAGUUGGAGAAGGAUCUGAUCAAUCUGCGGGACACCCUAGAGGCAGAGAGGAAAGCCUGUAGCCAGGGCAACCAGAUGAUUUCUGAUCUAAAAGAGCGCAUCUCUGGCCAUGAAGAGGAAGCUAAGCUGAUGAAAAGCAGCUUGGCCCAGACGCAGGUAGAUAAAAGGCUGCUGCAGGAGAAGCUGGCUGACCUGGAGAGGGAGAAGAGCAGCCAGGAGAUUGACGUAACUUACAAGAUGAAGGUCCUGCAACAGCUUCUAGAAAAGGAACAGGCUGAGCACAAAGCCACACGAGCACGGCUGGCUGACAACGACAAGAUUUCUGAGUCUGUGGAGGAGGCCAAGUGUGAGGUCAUGAAGGAGAUGGAGCGGAAACUCGAGGAGGAACGGGAAGAAAAGCAGCAGGUGGAGAAAAAGCUGUUGGCUGUCGAGAAGCAAAACUCCAUGCUGGACUGUGAUUACAGACAGGCUCAGCAGAGGCUGGAGGACCUGGGCAGACAGAAGGAGGAGCUCAGUGAAGAGCUGAAUAACCUGAAACUGCAAGCGGAACAGGAGUCUCGGAAGUUCCACCAGAUGCAGGAGGACCUGAAGGCCCAGGAGCAGGAGGUCAACGCUUUGCGUACGUCACAGAAGCAGUUGAAGCAGGAGUUGAACCAUAUGCUGGAUGUGAAGCAAAAUUUGGAGAAGCAGAACCAGGAGCUGCAAGAGGAGCGACAGACCGUCGACAUGCAGAUGAAGGAUCUGCAGGAGCAGGUGGAGUCUGAGCAGUAUUUCACGACCCUGUAUAAGACCCAGGUGCAUGAGCUGAAAGAGGAGCUUGAGGAGAAGAUCAAACUCCACAAGGAUGCACAAGAGAGACUGCUGGAGCUUCAGGAAGAGAGGGAUUCACUAGCAGCUGAACUGGAGAUCACCCUGACAAAGGUUGACUCUGAGCAUCUAGCACGUUCCAUCGCAGAAGAGCAAUACUCAGACCUGGAGAAGGAGAAGAUCAUCAAAGAGCUGGAGAUCAAGGAGAUGAUGACUCGACACAAGCAAGAACUAGCAGCUAAAGAAGCAACUAUUAACUCGCUGGAGGAAGCGAAUCGCACGCUGACAAACGACGUGGCGAAGCUGGCCAAUGAGAAGGAGGAGCUCAAUGAUAAACUGAAGGAAACUCAAGAGCAGCUUCAGAUGGUCAGGGAAGGAGAGCGCCAGUUUAGUGCAGUGAAGAUUGUUUAUGAGAAGCAGCUACGGUCAGAGAGGACCCUCAAGACCCAGGCGGUGAACAAGCUGGCAGAAAUAAUGAACCGGAAGGAGGUGCAGAGUGGCCAUCGAAUCAAUGACAUGGACAUACGCCGGAUAGAGAAGGACAACAGGAAGCUGCAGCAGGCGCUAAAGACAGAGCGCGAGAAGUUCAACGACGCCAUCAUCAAGUACCAGAAGGAGAUCAGCGACAUGCAAGCAGUGAUUGCAGACGAGAGCCAGCUGCGGCUGGAGCUGCAGAUGGCCGUGGACAGUAAGGACAGCGACAUUGAGCAGCUACGCUGUCAGAUCUCCACGCUCAGUGUCCAUUCUCUGGACUCCAUGAGCGUGAGCAGUGGGCCCGACCUGGAAUCUGACGACGCCUAUCCAGUGCGCAUCACUCACUCUCAAACCUCUGAGUCCAUGUGCUACACGUACCAACGUAGCUCUAAGUCUGUCUGCAUUGACACCAGACCAUGCCUCAGAGCUCGGAUGCUUUCUAGCCCUGAAGGCAAUGUGGAGGAGGAGGAGGAGGAGGAAGCUGACAGGCCUCCUCGGGCCCUGGCUUUCAAGCAGCCAGAGCCUGCCAGUGCAGGAGAGUCUCGCCUAGAGGGAUGGCUCUCUCUUCCAGUGAAGAACCACAUCAAGCGCUUCGGAUGGGAGAGGAAGUAUGUGGUAGUCAGCAGUAAGAAGAUUCUGUUCUACGACAGUGAGCAGGACAAAGAAAAGUCCAACCCCUGGAUGAUUCUGGACAUAGAUAAAUUGUUCCAUGUGCGGCCAGUGACCCAAACAGAUGUGUACCGUGCGGAUGCCAGAGAUAUUCCCCGUAUAUUUCAGAUUCUCUAUGCAAAUGAAGGGGAGUUCAAAAAGGAUCAGGAUCUCACUGUGGAGCAGCUUCCGGUGGGAGACCAAUCCAGCUACAUCUGCUACAAGGGACAUGAGUUUGUCCCCACAUGGUACCACUUCCCCUCCAGCUGCGAGGCCUGCACCCGUCCCCUGUGGCACGUCUUCAAGCCUCCACCGGCACUGGAAUGUCGCCGCUGUCAUGCAAAGUGCCACAAAGACCACCUGGACCGACAAGAGGAGGUCAUGGCACCCUGUCGAGUCAAGUACGACGUGUCGAUGGCCAAGGACCUGCUUUUGCUGGCCUCGUCUCAGGAGGAGCAGCAGAAAUGGAUCAGCAAGCUUAUCAAGAAGGUUCCCAAGAAGCCACCUGCAGCAGAUCCCACGACCCGGCCCUCCCCCCUUCUCUCACCCCGUCUCUCGCCCCACCCAUCGCCACGCCUCUCGCCCCACCCAUCGCCCCGCCUCUCGCCCCGCCUCUCGCCGCGCCUCUCGCCACGCGCUCGAGUGAGAGGGCAAGAUUGCCAGUCGCCGCCUGUCAGCAAGCCGAGAUUACUUGAUUUUGAGCUGAAGGACUGGAACUGGUCUUUGGAUGAUGUUGAUGAUGACUCUAUGUUUGAUUUCUGAAGACACAAUAAGCUAACGGCCAACGUCCUGUCCUGGAACUUCAUUCAGAAGGUUUAUUUAUUUUAUUUUUUUUUAUUUUUAACAUCGAGCAUGGAUCCA